UUUCAGUAAGGGAAGGUGUAUUGUUUCAGCUCACAGUUUUGAGUUGUUUUAGUUCGACAAAGGUUGCGGUAUAUAGCGGUCAUGUAUCCGGCCAGGCACUGACUGACAAGGAACUAUGACAUGCCAAGGACUGUGAAGCAGAAAUAUCAAAAUGCCUGUUGAGCAAGCGGAGCUGCAACCUCUCCUGAAGGAUAGCCAGACUGUCAUACGGAUAGAGAAUGACGAUGGGAGCGCCGAAGGCAGCAACACACACAGCACACAGGUUACCGAAGAUGUGCAUCAAGCAGCAGCUGUGGGCAAUGCCAUCCUCUUGGAAAAGCUGUUACGGACAAAGAAAGAGGAGACUAAAAAGCAGGACAGGUAUGGUUGCACACCACUUCACCUGGCAGCGAAGGGCGUACACUUAAGAUGCUGUGAGAUCCUCUUAAAAACGAGUACCAAGGAAAUUAACAUUACAGACAAGCUUGGCAACACCCCUUUAAUGCUGGCUCUCACGACUGGUAGUACUUCCCUGGAGAUCACGAAGCUUCUCCUGUCCCACAAGGCAAAGGUUGAUAUCUCCAAUCAUGCAAAACUAACACCACUGCACAUUGCAUCCGAGAAAGGAAAUCUGGAAAUUUGUAAGCUAUUGGUUGAGAAGAAUCCGAAAAACAUUGACGCCGUCAGCAUAGAAAAACAAACUCCCCUGUAUUUUGCGGCCAAGAACGGCCAUGCAAGAGUUUGUUCCUUCUUAGCUGAGAAAGGAGCAAGCAUCGAAACCAGGGAUGUACAGGAAUACACUGCACUUCACAUUGCUGCCAAAAUGGGUUUCACCGAAUGCUGCAGCCAGCUUCUCAGAUCCGGUUCCUCAGUUAAUAGCACUGAUAAAAACGGCAACACCCCACUCCAUUUACUGUUAUCUUCUGGGAAAAAGAAGGAAAACUGCAUAGAGGUUCUCUGCAAAUAUGGAGCUAAGGUGUCGGCCCAAAAUAACAAAGGAGAAACGCCUUUGCACAUUGUCCAGAAUGCUCAAAAUAACAUGUUGGAGAAAUUACUCUCCUACGAGUUUGAUCCAUUAGUUAGAGACGAGAAAGGCAAAACAAUCUUUCAUUGGGCAGCAGUUAGAAGAAAAAAAGAAAACUUAGAGACCAUAUUGAAACUGAAGACCCAAGGCCUAGAUUCCCUUUUAAAUACCCAAGAUGUUGAUGGGCACACAGCACUGCAUAUAGCCAUCAAACAUGGGAAUGAGGAAGCGUGCAAGAUCCUAUUAAAGUCCAGUGCAGAUGGUAAUGUUAUCUGCGAGUGCCACGGUACUGCCCUUCAUAUGGCUGCUGAGAAUGGACUACAUGAUAUUUGUGACUUACUUACAAAAUAUGUAAAAGUCAACUCAAGGAACAAACGUCUUCAAACUCCACUCCAUUUGGCAGCUAAGGCAGGGCAUGAGAAAUGUUGUCAAGCCCUUAUAAGUCGCAAAGCCUUAUUUGUUGCAGAAGACAAUGACAGAAACACACCGCUUCAUCUUGCUGCAAAAAAUGGCAAUGCUGCAUGUUGCAAGGUUAUGAUGCAGUCACAGCCUGGUUUGGUCAACAGGAAAAAUGCAGAAGAGAAAACUCCAUUACAUUAUGCAGUAGAAAAGAAAUCCCUUGAGUGCUGUAAGGAAUUAGUUGUACCCAUUGCAGAUAUUUGGAUCUCGAGUUCCAGCAUUCCAAGUGCUAUUAAGAUGGCAUAUGACACACGGUGUCAAGACAUUUUCAUCUUCCUACUCCUGUCAAAGAAUGUGAUCGGCAGAUAUCACCUUCCAGUAGACAUAGACAUUCAAGAAAUUCUUCUCACGCACAUAGAGCUAGGAAACAGCGAUAUGGUGUCAACUAUUCUUGAGAGUGAAUUUGGCGAAGAAUGUUUGCUCCCUCGUUAUACUUCUGGAGACUCCUUCUAUAGCCAGAACGACAGCUUCAGGCUCUUGGUGCAGAAGAUGCCUCUCCUUGCUCAGAAAGCACUGGACGCUUGUCAGCCUGACGGUGACGUUGACUCUUGGACUGUAGAGAAGAAAACAUUCAUUGUGCAUUAUCUGGACGAAGUAUACAUUAAAUAUGAUGAAUCCUCCAAAGUGGCCAGAGGUGGACCGCCUUGUGUAACCCCAAUAAAGGAUGCGUACCAGAAAGUACUUCAAGAUGAUGGCCGGCUUAAGCCAGACGUGUGCCUCGAGGGGAAGGUGGACAGUGCAUGGCGAGAGGACCAUGUGCUGUCCUGGAUGCUUCGCUAUGGUCGAGAGGACCUGGUGAGCCAUCCCGUGGUGACCUGUUGGCUCAAUUACAAGUGGGACAAGUAUGUCAGAUAUGGACACUACAUAUCUGUUAUUCUUGCUCUGCUCUUGGCAAUUUUGCUCACAAUCUUCAAUUCUGUUUCCAUGUAAGUCCAUAUGUAUCUUGUGUGGCUGAAAUCUAGAAUACCAUAUUAUGGGAUUUGGGACAAUAUUCAGGACAUGUUCAGAAGGCUUAGUAUGGCAACAUUACAUGAUCAUUUCAGAUUAAAUGCUGUAGGUACAUGCUGAUAUCCGAUUUAAAGUACAUCUUCGUAUAAGGAUGAAUGUUGUAGAGUGGUUGAGUGCCUGCAACUAAGGCCAAAGACAAAAGUGGGCUCUUUGCCACUGAGGAGAGAAUAUGUGAUGUACUAGCUGGUGUAGACCUCUGUAGAAAUGUUGGGUUCUCCGGCAUAUGCAUAUAUAACCCUUUAUUCUUACAGCAUAGAUGAAUAUGAAGGUCAGGGUGAUGUGCAUUGACGAAAAACACAUAAAAUAGGAUCUGGUAGACUCAUUUACUAAUGCUACUAAUGCUUAUGGAUUAGAGCGACCAUGUAAAAUAUGUUGAAUUCGGGCACGUAAUUCUUACUCGUUUAUUUAGUGUAUAGAUGAGUUGUCUGGAUGUAUGAGUAUAUUUGAAACUGUAUGAGUAUCUUUUUGAUUUGAGGACAGCUUGGCUAUAGCUGUGGCUGAUAGUAAUGGAAUGCGUUGUGGAUACCUGACUGUAGUUGGCAAUAAGCCACUUUUUCCCUAUAACUGUUUUUUAUGUUAUUUUUUGAAUUUGCUUUAUGUAAUAUCAAAAUAUAGUUUCCUUUUCAUUGUGCUUUUCUUCCAUAAAAUUGAAUAAAUAUAUGUAAAUUUUAGAUAUUUGGAAG